CCACAAGACAACAACGUACAAACUACACUCAACCAAUAACCAAAAAGUCGUUUUAAAAUAUAGUUUUGAUAUUUCUCCUGAAACUCCAAAUUUUCUCUCUCAAUCUUCCUCCCGUUUCUCGGCAUCCAAACGGCGGAAUAACUUUGUGCCAGGGUUCGUUUUGAUCGGCGAGCGGGAUGAUCAGGUUGUGCUAAUUUCCGAACUCAAUUGAGCAGAUUAGGGUUUACGAGUGACUCAAUAUACAAUGCGGUUGUUUCCUUUGAGCUUAAGCCCAAGCUCGACCGCCAGAGCAGACAAGGAGCUCACUGAUCGGAAAAAAAAUCGCGCCCAUUUGUACCUCAAUGUCUACGAUCUCACGCCUGUGAACAACUACCUUUACUGGGUUGGAUUCGGGAUCUUCCACUCCGGCAUAGAAGUUCAUGGCUUGGAGUAUGGCUUUGGAGCCCAUGAGUACCCCAGCAGUGGGGUUUUUGAGGUAGAACCAAGAAGUUGUCCUGGCUUCAUCUUCAGAAAGUCAGUCCUGGUGGGCAGCACUGAUAUGUCUCGCUCAGAAUUCCGGUCAUUUAUGGAGAACCUUUCUGGAAAGUAUCAUGGAGAUACCUAUCAUUUAAUUGCCAAGAAUUGCAACCAUUUCACUGAUGAAGUUUGUAUGCGGCUAACUGGAAAAACUAUACCUGGAUGGGUAAAUCGGCUAGCCCGAGUAGGUGAGAGUUCUUUCUGCAACUGUCUUCUUCCAGAAAACAUUCAAAUUUCAGCAGUGAGACGUCUUCCUGACCACCCGACAUAUUCUGGUUUCUUGGUCUGCAACUCAAAAACAGCCCUGCAACUAAAAGAAAUCCAUAUUUCUGCAACCUAAAAAUGAAAAAGGGACGCCCAGUUGACGCCUCAGGCGCCUAGGCGCGCCCCGACGAGCCUAGGCAACAGAGGCGAAAAUGGUGAAGCCCCACCUCCAAGGCCGCUAGGCGCGCCACCCCGAGGCGAGUUUUUUAACACACUUUACAGAUAUACAUAUAAAAUAGGUACAAGGAAAAAUAAACUGAAGCAGAUAUUCUUUUGCUCGUACUACUAAAAGGUUCAUGAACAUGUAAUUUGUGUGCGACGUGGUGGGAGUUGAGGUGAGAUGAGAGAGGGCUGGAGUGCAUAGAAGGAGAGGCGGUUGGUUAAAAGAAGGGAGAUCAGAGUAAAAAUAGGAAACAUUGAAUUAAAGAGAGUUAGACAUAAUGCAUAUAAAUAAUUUUAGAGUUGUUGGGUAUAUAUAAAACCAACAAUAAAGAGUGUUAGACAUAAUGCUCCUUUCUGAUCAACUUUUACAAUUUUAAGUUUACUUAUCUAACCCAAUACCAAAAGUGCUCAACUAAUCCACUACCAUAUAUUGCUCAUCAAAAUUUCAAGCCACCAAUUUCUCUCUAAACCAGAGUAAUCUCCACCUUAAAGCUUAAAGUUUCUGAUUGAUUUGUGGCUUAAAUUCUUGACAUUUGGAAUUCCCGAGAACUGAAUUUAUGAAUAUAAUUAGUUUGUUUAGACUUAGGGUCUGCUUGUUUGUUUCUCUUUUGUUUCAAACUUUUUGGUGGUCUUAUGUCCAUUAGAACGAGUGAGAUAAUAAAAAUAUGAUAUCCGAUAUGUGUGGGUUUUCUUAAUUCUGUGUUUGAACUUGUUCCGGCCGAGGUUGAACAAAUGAAAUAUAUUAAGUUGAUUAUAAAUGGACAAGCAUCAAAUGUCUGAGCAACUGUGGACAUCGAUUGAGCAUAUGGAGAUAUGUCUGAUUUCUGGUGUCCAUGCAUCAUGUGGUCCUGGUUGGUUGAAUGAUGCUUGAACCUGGAACUAAAAUGCAUGAUAUAAAAAAUAAAUCAUAAAUUCACACUUCUUUCUCCAGAAGAUUCCUCUCUUAUCGCAAAUUUCUUGUUAAUUUGGCAAUGUGGUAAGAUUAAACUACGUUGAGAGUUUGUAAAAGAAUUAAGAAAGUUGGAGAGAUUAUGUGUUUGAGAAAGGGUAAAGAACUCCUAGGGUAUAGGUGGGUGGUGAUAUAGAGUGCGUUACUUUAUUGUAAAUAGGAUCUAAGAAAGGCAUGUUUUGGAGUUCAAUAAAAUCACCCAAAAGAAUUUCUUUAAGACCCUCUGAUUAAAUAAAAUGCAAUUGACUUCUCCUCUAAAUGCUUUUGACUUUUCCACAAAAUGCUUUUGAAUUUUUUUUCCAAAAGCCUUUUCAACAUAGUUGAAUAUUAUUUGGAUGGCUGAAAUUGGCAUGCCUUCUGCUUGAAAAGAGCUUUAGUUGCAAGUUCAGCUUUUGGAGAACAUAAUUACAUGAUACCGUGAAGACCACCUAUUAGUCAUGAACAAGCCAUGAUAGAGUGGUACAAGCAACCCAAAUUCCUCUUUGACCAUAUCAUUCAGUUUUCUUUUACCAUGCAACAAGGUUCUGGAGAAGAUGGAUUAACAAAUGAAGCAAAGAACACAACAUGGAGUUGUGGUGCAGAUGUUAAUAAAAGAAAAUAUCGAACAAUAGUUUAGAGUAGUUCAUCACACAAAACAUUUCAACAGAUGUUCUGUUUUUCUUCUCUGGAUGGUGCUGGUACUAAGCUUACCAAAUGAAAUGGGGGUAAGAUACAAUCCUUAAAUUGAAUCCAGCUUGUUCAUAUGCUGGAGAAGUUUAGCGAAAUGGAGAAGAGAGAGAGACAAAAGGGAAGCUUGUGCGCACAGAUUUUUAUCUGAGAGAGGGUAAGAGGGAAAGUUGAUACGAUACAAUAGAUUGCUUUUGUGUUCCCUACAAAGUAAAACAAAAUGUGGUUUCAACCCAUGAAUGGUGCACCACCUUAUGGUGUACAAAUGUGUGUUUUUUCUGUUCCAUAAACAGGACGUUUAGUUAUAACACCAAAUGUGUUUUUCAUUGUUAUCUUUUUCAUACCAUGACUUGUGACCAUGGAUUUGCCUUGCUCUUUGAUUGCGUUUGCAAGAAUAUUGGAAUAAAAUAGAAUCAUUUAUCUUUUUUCUUCUGGAAAGAUACAGAAUAGGUUGAAUCAUCACUCUGAUUGAUCGGCUCAACCUCCCCGGCAUACUUGCCUUUGGUUAAGAUAUUUGUCGUGGAUGUCUGAUGGUAUUUACCGGAUCCUGCCAUGCAGGUUUUCCUAUCAAUUCCUAGAAUCUAGGUUUACAAUUUGAAUUAGUUCUUGUCCUUCGUGUAGCUUUAAUUGUUUAGUGAAAAGAUUUGAAUUGUGUGUGUAUACAGAUGAGGAUGUAUGAUGUAUAUGCUAGAGGUGGGGGAUUUGGGAACUUGACAUAUGUUGUGAUGUGUCUUGCAUAAACUUUUUUCC